AUGACAUGUAAGCUAAAGUUACUAAGAGGAAAAAGUAAGACAGAUCGUCCAGAUGUAGGAAAGCGGUUCGAUUUGGGUGCGUCAGAAUGCCCCUCCUCCGACGAUAUUUUACCUCUGGAAUCCUUGCUGGCACCACCCAUCGCUGAAGUUUGUGAUUACGGUGGAGGCAGCGUGUGCUGUGGAAAAGUGACGAAUGGACGGAUUCUGCACGAACUCUUGCUGUGUGUAGAGAAGAUUGGGAAGGACUUGGGGCAUGGCUGCUGUCAACCUGAUAAACCUCCACAUACGAAGUCUGCUAAUGAUCCCAACGCCAUUGGGAGACAAAUGAGAGCUAAUCUGCCUAAAUUAGACAUGAGCACCUCAUUUAUAGAGGCUAUGGGAGGUGACUCGAUUGAGAGCGCUGCACAACGGAUUGCCAAUCAUAUAGAGGACACUAUCGAUACUGCCGACAUUUAUAGUAAAUUGACACAAGAUGGUUCAUGUCCAGUUUCUGGACUAGGUGACAGGUUUUAUACGAAGGGCGGCCUUCAGUUUGUAUUGAAGCGGCGAGUCCCCUUGCCAGAGGAGCUUGCUUAUCAGAUAAGAAAUAUGCGCUCACAGUUUAGCAUGGGACUGUUUCUGGAAAUUUCAAGAGCAUGGGUGGUUAUUGAUAGUGAUAUUUUUAUGUGGAAUUUCGAAACAAAUGAUGAUCUGGCUUACUUUGAUGCGGUUGAGAACACUGUCCUUAAGAUAGCCCUAGUACGAGUGAAAUCUGAUGUAUUUGCAUCGCACAUAACACAUGGUUUGGUUGUGGGUACUGUCACGGAUCUUUCGCUUUACCCUGUCAUUAUGGACACUGAUCCCGCAACUGGAAAGCCUGGUAUUGCCAUAGAUGCCAGCCAUUUCUUCAAGAUUGCUUUGGACAAUGCCUCAUUGAGCGAUAUUGUAUCUACUAAUGAUGGAAGAAUAUUUUUCAGCGCCGAAGAUAAGCUGUAUGAGUUCGUGUACGAACACAACACUGGAUGGUUUGGUGGUGGUCGCAAGUGUCGUGUGGUUAAUCAGUCGGUCACUCUGCUGAGUACUCUUAUUCCAUUUCUGGGACCUGGAAACGAAGAGCUGGAACAGCUAACACUAGACAAAUCGAGAAAUAUCCUAUACUGUUUGGGGAAGAGUGGUUCAAUACAAGUUUUCGAUCUUGGUGCCGACGGAACUCAGUGUUCGAGAGUAUGCGUAGUGUCUGCAGGAGAAAUUGCGAACGAAGCUCAUCUGUUGACUCAAUACGGACAUGAAGAGAGUACGUUUACUAGCAUCGCUGCGAUUUGUGCUCUUGAGGCGGAGCAGUCAAAUCAGCUCAACUUGGUGGCUGUGACUACUAAAGGUGUCAGGUUGUACUUCUCGGUGUUAGCUCGAAAUGUAGCUUUACCUAAUACCCAGGGGCAGUAUCUGUCUCAGAUCACUUACAAGAGCCUAUCUCAGCAAGAAAUUCGGCCACAGUGCCUCAGAGUGGCGCAUGUGAGAUUCUCUCCAGGAAUAGCUCCGACAUCUAUCUAUCGAGAUACACCACAAGGAGUUUCUAUUGUCUAUGUUAAUCAAAACAUCUGCGUGAUGGCUACAGCAAAUCGACAGCUAGUGUGGGCUUUGUCGGACCUUUACUAUCCACAUACAAAAGUGUACUGUGAAUCUAUGAAUGAUCUACAAGUAGCGGGCAAUGUGUGGGCAAUUGCACCUGUCUCGGAGAAGGCUCUUCCCGAGCAACCACCGGAACCAGGAAUGAUAGCAAGGGUGCUACCUCAUUUGUUCUUCCGACAAUUAACUGAGAGAAAUCAACGCCUGAUUAUCUGCUCCAACGAGGGAAUCCACGAGUUUGAUUUCGUAACCCCGCGGGAUGCCCUUCGUGAAGCUUUAUUUGACGGAGGCGCUGAGGGUAGAGCAGCUAUGCAGCUGUGGCAGCAGUUUGGUGCAACGGAAGCUCUUGUGUUGGCCCUGUCUGUGCUUACCAGCGAGUCAGCUGUCGAUGAAAGAAUUAAGGACAAAGCUGCCUCGAUGUUCUACAGCUUCAAAGAUGGCCCUGAACUUGUUGAUGCUGAACAAGUUAGAGGUCUGGAUUCUACCUGGUCACCUGGGGACAGCUUGGCCGAAUGGAAGCAUAAAAUGCGUUCGCCGCUGCAUGCUUCUACUCCUCGAUUCGAAAACUACCCAACUGCGCAAAUCUCAUCGCCUUUUUCACCCACUAUGACUAAAUCGAUGGCCAGUGGCGGUCAGGGGUACCAACACUCUCCAAGUCGUCGACAUGAUGCUCUUUAUUACUACUUCUCCCGGUUGGUGACCCCAAUAUGGAACCAUGCUAUUUGUCGAGUCAAGAGUGGUGCUCUGGUCACUUCGCUAAGCUCAGCUGAAAUGGACUGGUUGUCAGGUGAACUCCGAAAACUUGGUCAAGCAAUGGAAAAAUACGGUUUACUCCCAAAACCAGACGUGACUUGGAAUAACACCACCAUGGGGAAGUUGAAUGUUCAAGCUUCAAAUUUGGAACGUCAAUCGCUGGUAGCUCUGUGGAAGUUGGUGGAGUCUUCGGCCGAAGUCCUUUCUCUCUGGUCGAUUGCGAAUUCCUUUGAUCUGAUGGCGAUUUCUGCAAGCAUGGAUCCGGCUCUCCUUCCCACCUUAGCUGCCCGUCCUUUUUGUCAUCUUGUCUGCGAUGGUCAACACAUUAGUGGGGAUCUUAUUAGAGCUAUGAUAAAGUACUUCCUGGGGGAUGAGGCAGGCACAAAAGACCUAUCAGAAAAGCUGAGAGCUCUUUGUCCGAAUCUGUAUUCGAAGGACGACGCUUGCGUUACAAAUGCUAUGGAACAGCUCAAAAUGGCUUCGCUCUCUAACUCUGAAGCAGUCCGUCAGAAUUUAGUGGAAAAAGCCUGUGAACUGUUCAGACAAUCAAUCGGAAAAGUUUCUCUGUCAGUCGUCUCGCGAUCUCUUGCUGACUUAGGAGCAUACGAACAAUUAACGAAUUUGUGUUUACUAAAAGUAAAGCGAGACGAUCCCAAACAAAUAGCGCUAAUAGCUUAUCGGCAUGGGCGAGCAGGUGAAGAUCGUGAAAUACAGGCUGCCGAGAAGAGAAGAGCAGAGAGUUACAAGUGCUUAACAGAUAUCUUGAAUGACUUAGACAAUGCCGCAGCAAGGUCAUCGCCGACUUCCGCGGAAAGUGCAUUGAACUGUGACCUCGUGAUCUCGUGCAUAACGUCGAGCGAUGACGAGUUGGCACACGCUGCUUUGUUUCGCUGGAUGUUGGAACGAAAUAAGGCAAAUCUCAUCUUGCAGAGCAAGUCUCCAUACGUCGAACAGUUCCUUACCCACGAAAUCAGUACUGGACGAGGACAGCGGUAUUUGGAUCUCCUAUGGCGAUUCUAUGAGAAAGCUGGACACUAUGACAAGGCAGCAACACUACUUAGCAAAUUGGCUGAUAUUGAUAAUGAAGAGAUCUCCUUGUCCCAACGGUUUGCCUAUCUCUCGCAUGCUAUCAUUUGCGCUCAAGCUGGAAGCAAUCCAAAAACGAAGGCUAUGAUUCAAGAACUGCGGGAUAAAGUAGAAGUUGCACAUAUACAGUUGGCUAUAAAAGAGUGUAUGGAUAUUCGAACUCCUAAGCAGCAAGAAUUGGUAAAAUUGCUCGAUGGCCCUAUUCUUUCAUUACAAAUGCUCUUAGAGAAAUUUGCUGCUCCAUACAGUUUGUACAAAGUACAACUCGCGAUAUUUCACUGUGCAAAUUUGUACAGUGAAGAGCCAAUAAUGACAGUUUGGGAAAAUAUUCUGCAGAAUGAGUUUAAGUAUGAAGGUGAAGUCUCGGAGCGACUAUUAUGUACACUUCACGAGUUGUAUACUAUCUACGGGUCUACGAAGUACUUCCCAAGAAAUUUUAUACUAAGACGGUUGCUUGAGCUGGGAUCAGGUUUGACCGAUCGAUCUCGGAGAGGAAUUCUCCCUGCCAGCUUCUUUGUUUCGCUUAUCACCAAACUGGAGCUUAGCUAUAUCGAUUUUAUCGAGGUGUUGUCGUCGGAGUACAGAACAGGAGAUCCAUGGUGGACUCAAAAUGAAGCCGGCCAACGUUACAUCAUGGAAGUGGGCAUAGCAGUUGUUCAGGCGUUCCUUGAUAGCGGAGCGAAGUUCACACCUAUGGAGAAGGCUAGAAUAGCUGCCAUAUGCGAUUCGUGUGUGUCUAUGUUCUCACUGGAUGCGCGAGCUGUAUCGUCACAACAUCUGUUACAGCUCGACCGACAUUUCUCAGCAUUGCAUCUCCGUCUCACUGCGAUGUCUUCAUGA